AUGGCCGAUAGAGAUGAUGAUGAUGAUGAUGAUUCAAAUUAUAUGAAUGAAGAAGAUGAUGACAAUCAUGACUCUUCACCACCAGCUAAACGCAUUAAAUUAGCUAAUUCUGAACAAACAUCAUCUACAUUAACAGCCGAUUCAGUUAAAGUUUAUCUCGGUGAACAUCCAGAAUUUCUUGAUUCAUAUAUACAACAAAAUGUUCAAACAAAUACAAUUGAACAAUGGAUAUCAAAAAAGCCUCAAAAGACAUCUUCAUUAAUAAGUCCGUCAUCGUCAACAUCAAUACCAAUUACUUCAUCAGAUAAAAAUUGUAUUUCAACAUCAAUAAUAAAAAAUGAUGAUGUUAAAAGAAAAACUUCAUCACAAUCUUCCAAACAAAUAUCAACAACAACAUCAAAAUCAAUGAAUACGUUAGUUGAAUUAAGCGAUAAACGCCGUUUACUACAUGAACUUACAGAUGAAGUUAAUCAAAAUGUAAGCAAAGCUCAAAUUUUAUAUGAACUUAGUAAAUCAAUUGGAUCAACUGUAUCAGCUGAUGGAUUUAAUCUAUAUUUGGUUGAUGAAACAGGCACUAGUUUGCGAUUGUUUAGUGCUGAUAAUGAUGAUGAACAAGCAGCAUGUUUUAUUCCUAUUCAAAUUGGACCUGGUCAUUGUCUUGCUGGUUAUGUCGCUUGGUCUAAAGAAACCGUACGGAUUAAUAAUAUGGGAACGCUUGAUAUGGAAAAAUAUCCUGAUGGUCUUUAUGUGAAAGAUGAUAAAGUAACUGCAGUUAUGGCACAUCCUAUAAUUAAUACAUCUGGUACUCUACUUGGUACCGUUGAAUUUUAUCGUAUUAAUAGUACAAUACCAUUUACUGAUGACGAUGAAGAUGAAACUCUAAAAUGCGUGAAUGAGCUUUUCACCCAAACAUAUUACGAGCUUUAUCAUUCAAUGACACGUGAACGACGUUUAAAUGAUUUUCUAUUGGCUGUGACUAAAUCAAUUUUUCAAGAACUUGUUAGUAUGGAUGCCGUUAUGCUUAAGAUAAUGAGUUAUGCAAAAAAGUUGGUUAAUGCUGAUCGUGCUUCUUUAUUUAUGGCUGAUUCUCGUACAAGCGAGCUUUAUGCGCGAAUAUUUGAUAUAGGACGUGAAGAACAUGAUAUACUUGAAGUAUCGCUUGUUAAUGAUCAAAAUGGGCGACCACACAAACAUUCAUCAUCUGAUGAACAUGCUUGUAUACGUUUCCCAAUGGAUAAAGGUAUUGCUGGUUAUGUAGCAACAACUGGAAAAACUUUGAAUAUUAUUGAUGCUUAUAGUGAUGAACGAUUUAAUCGAGAUAUUGAUCAAAAAACAGGUUAUAAAACUAAAACACUUUUAUGUAUGCCAAUCAUGAUUCAAGGAAAUGUUAUUGGUGUUGUUCAAAUGGUAAAUAAAAAGAAUGGACAUUUUACAAAAAGUGAUGAAGAAUCAUUUGAAACAUUUGCUGUUUAUUGUGGACUGGCUUUACAUCAUGCAUCACUUUAUGAUCGUAUACGUCGUUCCGAACAAAAAUGUAAAGUCGCUCUUGAAGUCUUAUCAUAUCAUGCAUCAUGUACUGAUGAAGAAUAUGAACGUUAUAAAACACAUGAACUUCCAAGCAACAUUCCAAGUCUUAGACAAUUUGAAUUUUCUCCAUGGAGUGUUGCUAAUGAUAUGAAACCUAUUUAUGUUCUUUACAUGUUUCGUGAUUUGGCUACUAUGAAUUCAUUGAAUGUAAAUAGAUUUGAUAUGGAAUGCGUAGUAAGAUUUAUAUUAACUGUACGAAAAAAUUAUCGUAAUGUUCCUUAUCAUAAUUGGUCACAUGCAUUCAGUGUUGCACAUGCAAUUUACACUGUAAUAAAAGAGACUAAACAUCAAUUUACACCAAAUCAGUGUAUUGCUCUAUUUGUUGCUUGUCUUUGUCAUGAUCUUGAUCAUCGUGGAAAAACUAAUGAUUAUAUGGUAAAAAGUGCCUCCACUCUUGCUUCUAUUUAUUCAACAUCAACUAUGGAACGACAUCAUUUUAAUCAAACAGUAACCAUACUACAAACGGACAGCCAUAACAUAUUUAAACAUUUUUCAUCAAAAGAAUACCGACAAAUGUUAGAUGAAAUUCGUCACUGUAUACUAGCAACAGAUUUAGUAUUAUUUUUUGAAAAUCGUCCAAAACUUGAACGUGUUGUUGAUAAUUCUCGAUUCGAUUGGAACAAUAAAGAACAUAUGGUGUCCAAGAAGUUCUGUUACAAUUUUGAAAUUCAUCGUUCUCGCGUUCAACAAAAGGGUGAUGAAGAAAAACGACGAGGUAUUCAACCACAAUCAUUAAUGGAUCGAUCAUUGGCACAUGAAUUGCCAAAAAACCAGGUGAAUUUUAUUAACAGUAUUUGUGUCCCGUGCUAUUCAUUAAUCGUACGUAUUCUACCUGAAACAAUACCCAUGCUUAAUGGAGCCAGAAGUAAUCUUCAACGAUGGCAAGAACUUGCUGAUGAGCAACAAUCAUCUAGAACGUCUUCGACUUCUACAAGUACAAAUACAUCGAAAGAAAUAACCGAUUCAACACAUACUCAUCAGCUAGCAUCGUCGUGA